CGUUUCAAAUGUAAUGAUAGGCGACUUUUCCGGUUACGUGCUGUAUAUCAGGGCUCCAGAAAGGUUAUGAUAUUUCUCAUUGUUACCUUCCUGGCUGUCAACAUCGUCUACUGCGCUUUCGCCGCGAUAACAACGAGCCAUAUGUCAGGGGAGGAGCUCAUUCGUUCUUGCACCUAUCUGUGCAAGGUCACCUUGAAGUGGCGAGAUAGUACAUAUCUGUAUACCGCGACUUGAAAACUCACUACCGCAUGGGAGGUCGCCGCACUGUGUCUCACAGCCUGGAUUGCUGUAAAACACUUUCGUGAACUGCGACGGCAUUCGGCAAGAGAUAUCAUCGAGAGCGGUUUAAUGGUAUUAACGAAAUCCCAUGUGGCUUACUUUGCAAGUUUUGUUGUUGCUUCUUGUCUCGAGCUUGGUUAUUUGUCUCCUGCGAUCUCAGCGUCAAACUCAAAUUCCCUAGGACCUCCGAUUUACACUGGCGUUGCCAGUAUUUUUUUGCUCAUGCAAUUAUUUGUGCUGGGAUCACGCCUAGUCCUUGGCAUUCGAGAACAUUACGCUCGAGUCGAGGCUGACUCCUAUGCAGUAACAAACUUGAGUUCGAUUGCUUGCCAGGAGCGUGUGCAUGUGCAAACUAGCAGUGUGUAGCACGAGACGUGCUCAAUUGGAUCAAAAGAUGCGGAGAGCCGGGAGCAGGAGAAUUUGUUUUUAUUUUCUUGUCGUGGUACUUAUUUCAAUGAGAUAUUCUGAAGUAUCUCCAACCACUUACCAAUACCAAACCCUCUUGCAUCCAGAACCAGUAUACAAGCUGAUUACGCUCUUUUCUGUGCACGGUCUCAUAAUGCCAAGUCGAGCUCAUCACCAUGUGAUGGCACUUCUUUUUAGAAAGUC